AUGGCGUCCAAAGCCAUGAUCCCGUUCCUGGUCGCGAUGAUGCUGCUCACUGGAGUCUGCAACACACUGCUGACCAAAUACCAAGACAACCACUGCGUGCGCAAUUGCGACGACCCGGACCCGAGCAAACACAAGACAUUCGAACAGCCCGUACUACAGACGGCGCAAAUGUUUGUCGGCGAGGCCGGCUGCUGGCUCGUCAUCGGCCUCAUCGCCGCCUACCGUCGCUUCGCGAAUCGCCGCGCACCCGCCGAGAACGGCUACCAGCCGGUCGAGACCAACGAUAACGCAGACGCUGACAACGACGCCGCGAGCAUCAACUCGGAACAGCCGCUCACAGGGCGGACGGCCAAGUCUGCCGGUACGACUACGAGGGGCCCAGGAGGUGUGCUCAGGGGCUUCGGUAUCCUGCUGCUGGCGCUGCCGGCCAUUUGUGAUAUUUGCGGCACGACGUUGAUGAACGCCGGCCUGCUCAUGGUGGCGGCUAGCAUCUACCAGAUGACGCGCGGCGCGCUGGUGCUCUUUGUCGGCCUCUUCAGUGUCAUGUUCUUGCAUCGUAAGCUGCACCUGUUCCAGUGGGUGUCGCUAGUCGGCUUGGUUGUUGGCGUCGCAGUUGUCGGGCUUGCGGGUGCCAUCUCGCCCGACGCGAAGGCAAAGGUCGGUUCCACGAUGAUGGCCGCGGUCGCCGAGGAUCCGGAUGAUGCUGUGCGUGUUGUAGUCGGCGUACUGUUGAUCGCGGGCGCCCAGAUCUUCACGGCCACGCAGUUCGUGAUCGAGGAGUUCCUGCUGGAGCGCUCGAGCAUCGAGCCCCUGGAGGUCGUCGGCUGGGAGGGACUAUUCGGGCUUGCUGUCACGCUGAUCGGUAUGCUGGUGCUGCACUUUGCCGUGGGCAGCACAGAGGCGGGACGCUAUGGCGUGUUCGACAUGGUGGAGGGACUACGGCAAAUGACCCAGUACAAGCCUGUACUGAUCUCCAGUUUCUUGAUCAUGAUCAGCAUCGGCGGCUUCAACUUCUUCGGCCUGUCCGUGACGCGCAGCGUCAGCGCGACGUCGCGCUCGACCAUUGACACGUGCCGCACCCUGUUCAUCUGGAUCGUAUCGCUGGGCCUCGGCUGGGAGACGUUCAAGUGGCUGCAGGUGGCCGGGUUCGUGCUCCUCGUGUACUUCACCUUCCUCUUCAACGGCAUCGUGCAGCCGCCCUUUGCCUUCCUGCGGCCCCGCGGCAAUGUCGAGGAGCUUCUGCCCGAGGAGCCCAUCGAGCAUAACUAG